CUGAGGAGGGCCGACAUGGCGGCGGCGGCUUCUUCGCUCCGAGGCGCGGUGCUGGGCCCGCGGGGCGCGGGGCUCCCGGGCGCGUGUGCCCGGGGCCUGCUGGGCGGCGGGCGGCCCGGGCAGCUUCCGCUGAGGACGGCUCAGGCAGUGUCCUUGUCCUCGAAAUCUGGCCCUUCCCGGGGCCGGAAGGUGAUGCUGUCUGCGCUCGGCGUGCUGGCGGCCGGCGGCGCGGGACUGGCUGUGGCCCUGCAUUCCGCUGUGAGUGCUAGUGAUCUGGAGCUGCACCCCCCCAGCUAUCCGUGGUCGCACCGUGGCCUCCUGUCCUCUUUGGACCACACCAGCAUCCGGAGGGGUUUCCAAGUAUAUAAGCAAGUGUGCUCUUCCUGCCACAGCAUGGAUCUUGUGGCUUACCGCCACCUGGUGGGCGUGUGCUACACGGAGGAAGAAGCGAAGGCACUGGCCGAGGAGGUGGAGGUCCAAGAUGGCCCCAAUGAAAAUGGGGAGAUGUUCAUGAGGCCAGGAAAACUAUCCGACUAUUUGCCAAAACCAUAUCCUAAUGAGGAGGCUGCCAGAGCCGCCAACAAUGGAGCCUUGCCCCCUGACCUCAGCUACAUCGUGAGAGCUAGGCACGGUGGUGAGGACUACGUCUUCUCUUUGCUCACGGGCUACUGUGAGCCACCCACUGGGGUGUCACUACGAGAAGGCCUCUACUUCAAUCCCUACUUCCCAGGCCAGGCCAUUGGCAUGGCCCCUCCCAUCUAUAAUGAAGUCUUGGAGUUUGACGAUGGCACCCCAGCUUCUAUGUCCCAGGUUGCCAAGGAUAUCGCUACCUUCCUGCGCUGGGCAUCUGAGCCAGAACACGACCAUCGAAAACGCAUGGGCCUUAAGAUGUUGAUGAUGGUAGGCUUGCUGGUGCCCUUGACAUAUGCCUUGAAGCGGCAUAAGUGGUCAGUCCUGAAGAGCCGAAAGUUGGCAUACCGGCCACCCAAGUGACCCUAUCCAAGGUUGGCUUGCUAUCUUGCCUGAACAGACCCUCAAGCCCAGGAGCCAUCCUAAGGCACGUUCAGGCCUCAGCUGGUCCACUUGGCCCAGCCCGUCUUCAUCUGGGACGAGGAGAGGGGGAAGGAGACCAGGCUCUCACUCCAGAUCUUCCUUCAGCCCCCAUCAUGGAAAUAAAUUAAGUUUCUCAACAUUCA